UGAACCAGGAACUGGAAGCCGACUCAUUUUUGCUCUCCUUAGCCACCCGUGCACAGCUAAGUUAUACCUUCAGAAGACAAGAGACUUGCUGGACAAACAGGCUUCUGCUGGGAUCUUCUGGAGGGCCCUGGUUUUUCCAUAGGUCAGUGACAGAAGAGAGACCCAAAUCAACAAUCAUUUGGAAAGACAACAUGAUGCUCUCAAAUAAUCUACAAAAUGUCAUCCACAAUCCGGUGAUUCCAUAUGUUGGUACACUUUCUGAGGAGCUGGGGCCUGGGAAGUUGGUUGUCAUCCAUGGUCAUAUGCCCAGUGAUGCAGACAGGUUCCAGGUGGAUUUCCAAUGUGGCAGCAGCGUGAAGCCCCGAGCCGAUGUAGCCUUCCACUUUAACCCGAGGUUCAAAAGGUCAGGCCACAUUGUAUGCAACACCCUGAUGAAGGAGAAAUGGGGAUGGGAAGAGAUCACCUAUGAGAUGCCUUUUGAAAAAGGAAAACCUUUUGAGAUCAUGAUUAUGGUACUGAAGGACAAGUUCCAGGUGGCUGUGAAUGGAAAGCAUCUAUUGCUCUACAAACACAGAAUUGAACCAGAGAAAAUAGAUACCCUGGGAAUUUAUGGCAAAGUACAGAUUGUGUCAAUUGGGUUUCGAAGUAACUUGUCUUUACAAGGAACCCAAGCAACUUCUUCAGGAAUGUUGAAGACAACUUCAGGAAAUCAGAUGCAAACAUCUGAGGUGUCACAAUUUACACUUCCUUAUAUUGCAAGAUUGAACUCUGCUCUGAGCUGUGGACGAACCAUUGUCAUUAGAGGAGAAGUGAAGAAAAAUCCAAAGGGAAACUUUAGUAUUGACCUAAUAGCAUCCAGUACAAAGGACAUAGCACUGCAUUUGAAUCCCCGGCUAAGUGCUAAAGCAUUUGUAAGAAAUUCUUUUCUCUGUGAGAGUUGGGGAGAAGAAGAAAGAAGUAUUACACACUUUCCAUUCAGCCCAGGGAUGUAUUUUGAGAUGAUUAUUUACUGUUCUGCUAAUGAAUACAAAGUUGCCAUAAAUGGAGCCCACGUCUUGGAAUACAAAUAUAGAUUUAAGGAGCUUGACAAGAUUGACACUCUGAAGAUCAGUGGAGACAUUGAUUUAUUAGAUAUAAGGAGCUGGUAGUUGGAGCCACAAGAACAGAAUCAAAACAUGGUUUAUGUAGUGGGGGGCUUUCAAGAGUUAUCACUGAAACAUAACUUAGACUGGAAUAGGGAAAAGAAAUCUGUGGCAAAGGGGACAUUAUAGCCACUCCUGGUGUUAUUCUGACUCACUCCCCACCACAGAUUCCUCUUCUCCCACUUUCUUUUUCCCAUUUGCCCACCUCCUCCCUCCUUUCUUCCCAUUUCCUUGGGCAUUGUUUAACUGUACUGGUACAAUCCAUGGUUAAAAAAAGGAUUACUAAAGUCUAUUCUAAAGGAAUCCAAAACCUAGUCUAAGCUGAACUAUAUUUAUAGAAUCUGACUUAAAAGUUGCCAAUAAUCUGAUGCUCUAGUUUUGGCUUACCAUGAGGCAUAUAGAAUACAUUUAACAGCUAACUGUACCAAAAAAAAAGAAGAAGAAGA